GGUCUGAGGGUGGAGCUGCAAUACUCCAAGAAUGAGGUGGAACUCACCAAGUCGAGGCUCAAGAAACUGGAGGAGGACCUCGACGCGGCCCGCCAGAAGAAUGUCGCCCUUCAGAACCAGAUAACUGCCACAGCCAACUGUGACAAGACGGAGGAGUUGAAGGAGAAGAUCGAGAGCCUGGAGGAGACGCUGAAGACGGCCCAGCAGGAGAGUGAGAAGCUCUCCAAGACUAUAGAGGACAUAGAGGCCGAGAGAGAUGAAGAGAUCAAGAUCAUUCAAGAUGCGCUGGACGAGGCGGCGACGGAGCGCGAGGAGCUCAUCAACACCUUCGAGAAGGAGUUCCAGAAGAUGACCUCCAUGAACACCGCCCGCGAGCAGCAGCUCCUUGAAGACUUCGAGUGGAAGCUCAGGGAGAUGGAGAAGGAUCACAAGAAGAAACUCGAGGAGAGGGACAGAAAAGCCGAGGAGAGGAUCAGGGCCACCAGGACCUCAGUGGAGUCUGAACUGGCUGACUCUCUCACGAGGGUAGCAGAGGACCGUCGACUCGCUGACCAACAGCUGACAGAGGUGGGUCACCUCAAGAGCUACGAGGCGGAGGCCAUUCAGCUACGAGGCGUGACCCAUGAGCUACAGAAGGCGCUUCGGGCCUCGGCCAGGGAGAUGGAACAUCUUAAGAUGCGUGAGAAGAUCUUAGAGGAGGAGGUCCGGGGCUUGAAGAAAGCUCAACCGAGCCGCCAAGUAGGCCAGAGCACCCUACACCGCGCCAGGCGCCAGGCUGAGGAAGCUGAGGCCGAGCUGAGACAGAAGCAAGAAAAGAUGAGAAAUGAACUGAAUGCUGAGUGGGAGGACAAACUGAGGUCUGAGUGCUCGAGGCUGAAGGCUGAGUUGGACGGCCUCCACGCCGAGGAGAAGCACCUGGCGGUGGAGUCGAUGAAGGUGCAGAAGGAGCAGGAGAUCAGGGCGCUCAAACAGUCGUGGGAGCUUCGUCAGGAGGAGAUGACCAAGGAGAUCUCGACCCUGAAGGACAGCCUGACAGACAAGGACGCCUAUUAUCACAAGGAGCUGGAGAACCUUCGCACCAACGCCGACAGAGACGUUUGGGACCUUCGGCGGAAGCUGCAGAGGAGUGACGAGAAGAGCUGGUCCCAGCAAGAGUACCUACAGGAGAAGCACCACGAGGAGAUGGGUGAGUACCCCACCUCACUACAAUAA